AUGACUGGUUCUGUAGCUUUUGUACGUAUAGCAGAUGCAAUCCCUUUCAGUUUUCUUUCUGAUGACGAUUUCCUGUUAGAACUCCUUGAACAUGAUUCCAGACUUAGUCUUAACAUAGACUCAUUUAAUGAUUUAUUAUUCAAUCCAUUUUCUUUGAAUUCUCCCAUAUUGAAUCUAAAUUAUCUCGAUCCAGACCAGCAAUUUUUCAGCAGUUACAUACCUAAUAAUACCAAGUACCUACUUGGAGAUGAAUUUAUAAGUCUGUAUUCUGAUAAACACGACUCUUUCUCCCUCAACCAUUUCAAUGUCCGUAGUCUCCGACAUAAUUUCGAUAAAUUCACUGAUUACCUACACCUUUUAAGUUAUCCUUUUUCUGUAAUUGGAUUAACGGAAACUUGGCUAUCUGAUACUGAAGUUGACCAAUGUAAACUCGUGGAUUAUAAUAUUAUUAUGUGUAAUCGUAUAAAUCGCCAAGGAG